AUGGCAGUGUACGGUGGGGAUCCAAAUAUGAACCCUCGACUAGCAGCUAUCCUAGUCAACGCAAAGAAAGCUGGCUUUCCCAAAGCCUCCAUGGAAUCGGCCAUCGCGCGAGGCCAAGGGAAAUCCGCCACCGGCGCUGCCCUCGAGAACUUCACACUCGAAGUCAUCGUGCCCCCCACGGUCGCCAUGAUCAUCGAAACCGAGACCGACAACAAGGCGCGCACGAUGAUGGACCUGCGACACCUGGUGAAAGUGCAUGGCGGCACUGUAACACCCACCACCUACCUCUUCCAAAAGAGAGGACGUGUAGCGUUCUCCGCCGACGAUGGGAAGACCAGCGUCGACGAUGUGUUGGACGAUGCUAUUGAAGCUGGAGCGGAGGAUGUUGAGGCUGAUGAUGAUGGUGGCAUUGUCGUGUGGACGGAGCCGAAUCGGACGACGGCCGCGGCAAAUGCGCUGCACAAGAGCCAUGGGUUGAAGGUAGAGAGUGCGGAUAUCAUCUGGGAUGCCAAUGAGGAUACGAAAGUUCCGCUGGAUGGAGAACAUAUGGAUGCUGUGAAAGGGUUGAGUGCGCUAUUAGAUGCGUUGCAGGAUAAUCCGAACGUGCAGGGUGUGUAUGCCAACGCUGCGCAAGGAAGCUUGACGGACGAAGUCUGGGAGGAAUUGGUUGGGAAGUUGGAUGCAUAG